AUGGGUGAAUUGGAUCUGACAGCAGCAUUCAUCGGCUGUGGAAACAUGGGAGGCGCCGUUUUGGAUGGUUUACUUGAAUCGAUUUUCCCAGACGAUGUUCCAGACGCACCCGCCUCACAACCGAAACCGAGGAUAUCCAAGUUCAUCGCAUACACACAGAGCGCACGCUCAGCCCAAAAACUCCAGCAAAAAUACAACGACAGACAUGCAUCUCGUGUACGCGUUUUGCAUUCUCAAAUCGUGGAGGCCAUACGAGAAGCAGACGUGGUAGUGCUGGGCUUCAAGCCAUACAUGGCGCGAGACGUACUCGGGGUUCCGGAAGUCCAGAGAGCACUAAAAGGCAAGCUGGUAAUCAGCAUGCUGGCGGGUCUUAGUUCUACUGAGAUCCAGAGACUCUGCUUAUCCGCCGACGAGGAGCCUGAAACAAGCGCAGGAGGACCGAUUGCCACCAAAGCCGUACCCAACAUUGCCGCACGAUGCCGGCAAUCCAUGACGAUUCUGGAACUACCGGAGUCGGCUUCCAUACCGCAACGGGAAGCCGAACUCACAGAAUGGAUAUUCGGGCAGGUCGGCAGCGUCAAGUGGCUUGCAGAAGGGCUGGUCAACGCCGGGUCCAUGUUGAUGACGGCGUGCCUGGCGGCUUUGUCAAUUCCUCUCGAGGGCUUGUUGGACGGAUCUGUUGCUGAGGGUCUUCGAAGAGCAGAUGCUAUGGAGAUUGCUGUCCAGGGGGUUAACGGGUUGGGUGCCAUGCUGGAUCUUGGAAUGCAUCCUGCUGUCGUGCGGGAGAGCAUCUCGUCGCCCCGGGGCUGCACCAUCCAAUCCCUGCUGACGGUCGAAAAAGCGGCCACGAGGGCAGUGUUUGCGCAGGCAUUGAUAGAUGGGACGCGUCAUCUGCAACCGAAGGAUACGGAGAGAAAGGGCUAA